UUUGCUCAUAUUCAGAGAGGUUUGGAUACAGCGAGAGAGGAAGCAGACACCGAGCAAGCAGACACGCUCCGCUCUCUGCCGGGCGAUGAGACAAAGAGCACCGGCUUGUUCCGUGGUUGUGUCGAGAGCAUCUUUCAGAAUCAGGGCUCGUCUGGACUCCCUACCCCGCAUCGGUCGUCUGUUUUGCGCCGUUAUUUUCUGGAGAGAAGCGCCGGAGGUGCGCGGUGAAUCCGUGGGACCCACUUUCUCUGGUUUGACUCGGAAAAGCGCAAGUCACUAGAACUGGAGCAAGUAUAACUGAGGAGAACGGAGGAGACCGGGUUCUUUAAGGAUUUUAAUUCUGAAGUAAAUCAACACAGCCGAGACUUUUCUCACGAUUCAGGAACUAUUGUAAAGGGGAUUUACCUUUGGAGGUAAACGUAGCCUAAAAGUAGUCCAGCACAGAGAGAGAAAGAGAGACGCCUUCAGUGGAAAGGAGACGCUCAGCUAUGGAGGUCGCAGCGGCCGAUCAGUCUCGGUGGAUGGCGCACCAUCACGCAGUGCUGAACGGCCAGCACCCGGACUCUCACCACCACGGUCUGAGCCACAACUACAUGGAGCCCAUGGCGCCUUUACUGCCCCAGGACGAAGUUGACAUGUUUCUGAACCACUUGGACUCUCAAGGGAACCCAUACUACACCAACUCCAGGGCAAGGGUCACAUACAGCCAAGCACACGCUCGCCUCACUGGGAACCAGGUUUGCCGACCACACCUCAUCCACAGCCCCGGGAUCCCCUGGCUGGACCCCGGGAAAGCAGCCCUGUCCGCUGCCCACCACCAUAACGCAUGGGCGGUCAGCCACUUCAGCAAACCCGGCCUGCACACCACCGGCUCCGGCUACCCCUGCAGCAGUAGCACAGGCACGGCUCCGGUGUCGUCGCUCACCCCGGCGUCCCACUCCAGCCCCCACCUCUACAGCUUCCCCCCUACCCCUCCGAAAGACGUGUCUCCGGACCCCGGCCCUACCUCUCCGACCUCCACCUCGACCAGGAUGGACGAGAAGGAGUCGAUCAAGUACCAAGUGCCGCUGGCGGACGGGAUGAAAAUGGAGAGCUGUAGUCCGCUGCGCAGCGGCCUGGCUUCGAUGAACAGUCAGGCCCCAGCCACGCAUCAUCCCAUCCCGACCUACCCGGCCUACUCUCUGCCACCCCACGAGUACAGCGGCAGUCUUUUCCACCCCGGCAGCCUGCUCGGCGGGUCCUCCUCCAGCUUUACGCCCAAAUGCAAAAGCAAAGCCAGGUCGAGCUCAGAUCUAUAUGCAGAGGGUCGUGAAUGUGUAAACUGCGGCGCCACCUCCACCCCUCUGUGGCGACGGGAUGGUACCGGCCACUACCUGUGCAAUGCCUGUGGACUGUAUCACAAGAUGAACGGCCAGAAUCGACCGCUUAUCAAGCCCAAACGUAGACUGUCCGCUGCCAGACGUGCGGGCACCUGCUGUGCAAACUGCCAGACCACCACCACCACCCUGUGGAGGCGCAACGGGAACGGAGACCCGGUGUGCAACGCCUGCGGCCUUUACUUUAAACUGCACAAUGUCAACAGACCCCUGACCAUGAAGAAAGAAGGCAUCCAGACACGCAACCGCAAGAUGUCCAGCAAGUCCAAGAGGAACAAACGAGUAGGAGACAGCUUCGACGAGCUAUCGAAAUGCAUGCAGGACAAGGCCUCUCCCUUUGGCAGUGCGCCCGGCCUCACCAGCCACAUGGCCCACAUGGGUCACCUGCCCCCCUUCAGCCACUCCGGACACAUGCUGCCUACUCCCACACCCAUUCACCCUUCAUUCGGUCACCCCCACCACUCCAAUCGCUCGCCCGUCUGGGCUGAGCCUCACUGAGGCCCCUCAAGACGCAGGACUCCUCCGCCCGUAGGAGCCAGCACGUCGCCAUUAACACUAAAUGGCCCUCCACGUCGCGUCGAAAGCUGAGCAGACUUGUUGCGUCAUGUACAGUGGUUGGAGGGGAGAGACGUUCAGUUGGACUUAAUGACUGAAGGUCGCUUCAUGCCUGACCUCACUGAUGGGACGCUGCAGAGCAGGACUUUAGCGGACUCUGUGAAGAGCUAAUGUGACGAGGGGUUUGUUCAGUCCCCGGGUGACUGAGGCUUGCAGGAAUGGAGUGAACGGAGACGCUUGUCUUUCUUUUAGCUUAUUUUUACUAAGUCACUUUGGUACCCACCUCUCCUUGACCCUGUAAGAGGAGACUCAUGAGAGGUCUUAAAAAGAACCGCUGUUUUCACCUCACGACUAUCUCAUUAUAUACUGAGAUACGUGCACCCUUCCCAUGCCCAGGCUGUCUGUCCGCAACUGCUGUGGACAGACGGAUGAACUCCUCAGCGCUGGAAGUCUCGAGGCUGGCUCACGGCCACAGCUCUGUUAGGAACCAGUCGAAAGCAGACUACAGUACCCAUAAGCCAGUGCUGUCCUCACAUGCUGGAUUGUGCACCAUCACGACGCUCACCUGUUUUUAAUAAUGGACUUUUAUGGAAAAAAGACACAGUAAAUAGAGUGUUUAUAAAUGCUUAAUUGCUAUUAUUGUUGUUAUAUUUGAUGUUAUAAUUAUUGCUACGAUAAUUUAUUUUCACUCUUUAAGCUUUCGUCAAAGACACAUGGAAACUGUUAUGAUUUGAAUUUCAUGGUUAUUAUGUAAAGAAAAACACUGACCUGUCUUAGAUGAAAAGUCCCUGAGCUGUACGUUUUUAUCAUUUUUUUCCAUCUCACAAAAGUAAAGGAAAUAAAGUUUUAAUA